CUGACUGCCGCUGGACAUCUGGAAGAUGAAGUCGUGUUCGGCGUUGGGAGGAGGGAGUCCACAUAGCAAACUCCUUACUGAAAGAACAGCAGCCUUUCUACUCGUAACUACCCGCUCACGGUAUGCCGUCUGACGGGUUUGCCUCCUGACACCGAUCGGGACGUGAAGAAAGUUAUGUUAUAGACCUGUAUCCCAGUGCGUUAUAGACGCCAACCGUGAUUUGGUGAUGUCGGCGCCUUGGUGAACAUCUGAAACACCCUCCAGCAGCAACAAGAACAGCGGCUAAACAGGGGUUAGCAUUAGCCGCUGAAAACAAACAGCUGCCCAGAAGGAGGCCGCCGCCGCAGCAGCAGUACCGGGUGGGGAUUUAACUUUCUUCAUCCCAACAGUGAUCCCACACAAAGCCCACAGUGAAGUGACAUUUAUGUGUUCCGGGUAAGAAUGGAGUCCACUCUGAGGUUAUGCAACGAGGAAUGCUUGGCAACGGUGAAAUGCCAGGAGCUGAGGUCUGGCCAGAAGGAGCCCAGACUGCUGUCUCUAAUUGAACACAAUGGACAGUUUACACUGGGUGUUUUGGCCAACCCAGAUGCUGUCGUGUCUCGUCCAGUGGCCCAGUUAUCCAUUCCUGUAAACCAUAAAUUUGAAAUUAUACGAGAAACUGAAGAGGCUCUCCUUAUUGACUUUUCUGACCAUUCGUCUAUUAAAAUACAAAUCAAAGGAGAAAAGGCUCCAGAGCUGAUGCUGGAACUCCAGGAUGAUGAGCGGACUCAGACGUUUCUAACCCAGGUGAAAAGUGCUCAAGAGCAAGUUGCAGCCAAACAAAGUCAAUCCAAAGCGAUGGAGCCUCUUACACCAGCUGCUUACCAAGGUCCCGUCCCCACACUACCACAAAGGGUGACCAAGACUGCUAACAGUAUGGCCAGAGGAGAGAACCAAGCCAAGACCUUCAAAGCUCCAGUGUCCAACCUCAACAAUACAGCAGGAAAUCAUAAUGCCACAGAAUAUGGAUUUGCGGACAGUUUAAAGAACACAGUAAAAGUGGAAGAGAAGAAGAACCAGCAGAAUCGCAUUGUUGCUUCCCGGGAGCCUCCUCCUGUUCCCACUCUACCUCCCCGCAAAGCCUCCUUCCCUCCAUCAAAUCCUCUUCCUCCUACACCAAUCCAAAAAGAGCCAGCUGCGCCCUUACAGGCCAGAGGCAGCUCUGUUAUACCGAGCACCAAGUCAGAUAAUUUUAGGUCUGAGUUUGACUUUAUGGACAGGCCGACGUCUUGGUGUGAGAGUCCAACUACCAACAGUAUGAGACAGACCAUGUUGUCCAGCGAGGCAGGUCAAAGAGAAUACCUCAUUAAACACCGCCUAGGGAAGAAGGAGAAGGAGUAUGUGGACAUCCAGCCCUUUAGUUUCUUUAUAGGUACCUGGAACGUGAACGGGCAGUCUCCAGACAGCAGUCUUGAGCCCUGGCUCUGCUGUGACCAUGAUCCUCCUGAUUUUUAUGCCAUUGGUUUUCAAGAAUUGGACCUGAGCACUGAGGCGUUUUUCUACAUGGACUCAUACAAAGAGCAGGUUUGGAUCACAGCUGUGGAGAGGAGCUUGCAUAGAAAAGCCGAAUACAAAAGGAUUCGGGUGAUCCGACUUGUUGGGAUGAUGCUUGUGGUCUUCGUCAAGAAGAAACACAAGAAGAACAUUAAAGAAUUGGCUGCAGAGCACGUGGGGACAGGAAUCAUGGGAAAAAUGGGGAACAAAGGAGGUGUGGCUGUUAGGUUCGUUUUCCACAACACCAGCUUCUGCAUCGUCAACUGCCAUCUAGCAGCCCAUGUAGAUGACUUUGAGCGCCGCAAUCAGGACUACAAAGACAUCUGUGCCCGUAUGACCUUCCACUUGCUGGAAUACCCUCCUCUGAGCAUCGUCAAACAUGAUGUGGUAAUCUGGCUGGGGGACCUUAACUACCGUCUCUUCAAGAACGAUGCAGCAGAAGUCAAACAUCUCAUUUCUGAGAAUGCGCUAAAGAAGCUGCAGGAGGUUGAUCAGCUGAACAUUCAGAGGCAGACCAAACGAGCCUUCACAGACUUCAUGGAGGGAGAGAUUAACUUCGUUCCCACGUACAAGUAUGACACCAAAACGGAUCAAUGGGACUCGAGUGGGAAGUGCCGAGUCCCUGCAUGGUGCGAUAGGAUUCUUUGGAGGGGCAGCAAUGUGCAGCAGCUGAAAUACAGAAGUCACAUGGAAAUGAAAACAAGUGACCACAAGCCUGUCAGCUCACUCUUCAAAAUUGGGGUGAAAGUUGUUGAUGAGCAGCGCCAAAAAAGGGUGUUUGAGGACAUUGUUCGAGCCAUGGACCGAAUGGAGAAUGACUGCCUUCCUUCAGUGUCACUGAGCAGAGUAGAGUUUACAUUUAAGGACGUCAAAUUCAGGCAGCUUCAGAAGGAGCGCUUCCUUAUUAAAAAUGAUGGGCAGGUACCAUGUCACUUUGCCUUUAUACCCAAACCAAAUGAUCCAAACUAUUGCAAGCCGUGGCUGCGUGCCGAACCAAGCGAUGGAUUCUUGGAGCCAAGCGAGACUCUAGAAAUCUAUCUGGAGGUGUAUGUAAGUAAAGACUCUGUCACCCUGCUAAACUCUGGACAAGACACAAUUUAUGAUAUCCUGGUGCUCCAUUUGGACCGUGGCAAAGACUACUUCAUCACCAUCUCCGGAAACUACCUGUCCAGCUGCUUUGGCACUUCACUGGAGACUCUGUGUCGUAUAAAGAAGCCGGUCAGAGAGGUCACCAAUCUCAUCGACCUGGGAGAGGACAGCGGUACAGAAAAGGAAAAGUCAAUGGUGAACUUUCUGUUGGUGGAUGCGGGAAGUUCUGACGACAAACCUCUGAAGAUCCCCAAGGAGGUGUGGGUCCUGGUCAACAACCUCUUCACCAAAUCCUGUGAUCAGGAGGACUUGUUCCAGACACCAGGUCUACAGGAGGAGCUUCAGGGCAUCAUUGACUGUCUGGACACCAGCAUCCCGGAGUCCUUACCUGGUUGUAACCACUCCGUAGCUGAAGCUCUGCUGAUCUUUUUGGAGGCCUUGCCGGAGCCGGUGGUGUGUUACGAACUCUUCCAGCGGUGCCUUGACAGCGCUCACGACAGCCGCCUCUGCAAGCAGUUGAUCUCCCAGCUGCCCCGAGCUCAUCGGAACGUCUUUCGCUACCUGAUGGCUUUUCUGAAAGAACUGCUGAAGCACUCAAACAACAACAACCUAACAGCUAACCUCAUAGCCACCCUCUUUGCCAGCCUCCUCAUCCGACCGCCGCCCAACAUGGCCACCAGGCAGACGGGACAUGACCGACAGAAAGCCAUCAACUUCAUCCUGGGUUUCCUCAUGUCAGGAGACGAGGACUAACUGACGGAUCCUCACCGCCUCUUCGGUGCAGUCGACCCAGACCUGCAUCAUACUUUGUUACUGGUUCUCUUUUUAGUUCUGUCACCCGCUGGAGACCAUUACAGCCUCUCUGCACCAUACCUUUGACCACCUCAGUUUUCAGAGGCAUCAGACGUCCCUUCGAUGAUUUUAGCAGGUGUCACGUCUUCUGGUCACACACGGAAGAGACCAGUUACAGGAUGUGGGAAAUGUUUGAACUGGCACUUCUAAAUGACCUAAAGGAUGCGUGCCCAAAGAGGAGACUGGUCCUCGCUGUCUGCUGACUCUUGUUGAAGGUGCUCAUGCCAAAAUCAGUGAUGGAGUAAAUGUGGAAACACUAUUUUAUACAUACAGAGACUCACUGCUUCCUGAAGAGACUGAAUACUGCUUUUAUAAGCAUACUGGUGUAUCAUGUAGUUUAAACUGGGAUGAUUAAACAAUUACUAAGAAUGUUUAUGCUUAAGGUAAGUAAUGACAAUCAUUUGUUGCUGCAUUUUAGCUGAGGAGACACUAGCGUUUAUUAGCUAACAUAUCUGUUGUAUUUUAACUGUUAUUUAUAUAUUUUUCCUAUGAGUUUGCACCAUUCGAACAUUUGUUUUCCUUUUUACUGCAGUUUGGUUUACUUUUGUACCUGAAUUACAGAGAACACAGUGUUGUUCCUGUUCUUCUGUAACCACAUCUGUCCUCCUUACCUUCAGUUCUGUCAGAGUUGCAGAACACGUUUAUCACACUAACUUCCUGGCCGAGUGGGGAUCCACCGUCCGAGGCCUCGAAACGCUGUAAAUAGUGAAAGUUUUGUGUUUCAUGAGUGUCCGACUGUCCGGUGGUGAGAUUCUGUGAUGUUGUCUCCUGUCAGCCAUGACGGUGGUACUGUUUGUAUCUGUGCUUGUUUACACAGGCCCCCCCCCCCACACACACGUCUCAUACAGUAGCUGUAUCGAGUGUUUGCUGACGAAAGCUCUUCUAAGUGUUGCAGAUAUACCAAGAUUUACCGGCUCAUUGCUCUACAUUUUUGUACUCCUGUCUCAGCUGUGCCACUGAGUAUAUGUGUGUUUGUGUGUAUAUAUAGACACACAUAUUUCCGGUUCCCACUCUUGCAAAAUGUGCGGUUUUAGAAAUAAGGAACUUUUCCCCUCCGUUUAUUAAAUAUUUCCUCUAACGGUUUCUCUCGACACACAUCGGCUUUAGUUUUCACAAUCAUGACAUUCAUCUCCUCUGACUGGUGUCUUGUGUAACACUGAUACCAGGAAGGCCCACUAAGAGGUUACAGGAAAACAGAACAUAUUAAGCUACAUAGAAACAACGUGAAUGCACACUUUAGGAUGAAAAUGCUGACAGUUAUAAGUCAAAAAUGAAUGUUGUGAGCUUUGCCAAAUGGUGGCUCAUGCUUGAGGAAAAAGUUUGUUGAAACUGUUUCUGCAGAAAGACAUAAGAAAUCUCACAUUUUUGAUGCACUUGUACCAUCAGCUGUUGUCCUCAUUGUCCAUUUGUUUUACUUCCUAAAUUUAAGGUACAUUUAACAGCAACUUUAAUGUUUUUUGGGUACUUUUUAAUUUAUUUAAAAGGAAUAAAAUUACGUGGAAAGUUAUUGUUUUUAAACUAAUUUCUGCUGUGAACAUGAACACAUUAAAACUGACCUUUCACACACUUUUAACUAUCUUGAACAUGGGUGCGUUGGCCUGUUGUUUAGCUAGCAAUGAUCACCUCUUAAGCCACUAUUCCACACUGACCAGAAAUAAGAAUCGCCAGGAAUUGCAAAACUUUUGGAAUUUUGCAAAGUUUCUUGUCCAGUUUGACGUGGUAAGAUUCAGUUACAACACAGGUACGAUAGAUGAAGAUAAAUCAUGAGAUUCAGCUUGAAUGCAUCGAAGAAUCCCGUACGAUUACAUUUGAAUUCAUUACAAUUUUUGACCAUUUGUGGAAUUUUCCAUCAUAUAUAACAAAAUGUAAUGAGGGACUAGCAGGAGUGAAUGAUUGUUGAUAUUUAAAAUGUAAAAUGUUUUAAGUGAAGUCUUUGUUUUUGCCAGUAAAGUGUUUUUGGACAUAAAAUGUAAUAAGAUACGAAUUAAAACAAUUUUUAUUUAACUUUGUUUUAUAUUAUUAAAAUGUUUUUUACUUUUAUUUUUAUUCAUUGUUUUGUUUUCCAAGGCCAGAAGAGAGAUUUGGGGAGUUUUUGGGGGUACAAUGGCCCUGAGUGGUCAAGACGAUGCUUCACGAAUCCCAGAGUUAGGAAUACAUGGGAAUGUGUACAAAUCACUUAGGAAUCUGUUAGGAUACCUAAGAAGUUGAGAAUUAACUUAAAUGUUCUGGAUUCGAGAGUUUGGCACCAACAUUUUAAACAGCUGAAAACUUUUGCUUCGUAUUCCGGAUGGUUUCAAGAAGAGCAAGAACUGACUAAUAAAAUGCGAAUAUGUUACAAAUUCAGGAACUUAUUACGAGUCAACCAAGAAUCCUAAAAUUUGUCAACUCUUGGCGUUUUGCAUCACUCUUGGUCUGUGUGGAAUAGCAUUAUUACCUUACGGCUGAGUAAAAUACAACAAUAUUGGUACUCUUAACAAGGGCUUGACUGUAUAUCACAAAUUAAUUGCAAACUUAUUGCAGUAUAACUAUAAACACCAUCAGCACCAAGAACUGCUUGACCUGCAAUACAUAUUAGCUAAUUAUUUAAUUAUGCAUGCAGGCUCUAUCUGUAAUAUGGUGAUGCUGGUUAAUGCAGCAGAAAAUGUUUUUGUAAAGUCGCUCAGAAUCUACAACUAAGUUGUUUCAUUGCCAAAGCUACAGAUGCAGUAUUUUGAAUAAACCCAAGUCGAACUUGC